AUGGCGUCGACACCUUUUAUGAUUGCAGUUAUUAUUGUUGUUGUUGCCAUUGUUGCUAGUCCAGCAAUGGCAACUGAUCAUUGGGUUGGUGAUGAUCAAGGUUGGAAACUCGAUUUUAAUUACACAGCUUGGGCUGCUACGAAACAGUUCCACGUUGGAGAUAAGCUCAUAUUCAAGUACAAGAAAGACGUUCACAAUGUGUAUAAAGCAGAUCAAGAAGCCUUCAAAAGCUGUACACCAAGUAGUGAUGUUACACCUUUAAUAUCUGGAAAUGAUGAGAUUUCCCUGACUUCGCCAGGGAAAAAAUGGUACAUUUGUGGUGUAGGUAAACAUUGUGAAAAGGGAAUGAAACUUGCUAUUAAUGUUUGGCCAGCAGAAUCAGUAUCCCCUGCUCCUUCACCAAGUAGCCCUGGUUCUUCUUCUUCAUCUGCAUCUUCAAUUUCUCUCGAUUCCAAAUUUGUUGCUGUGAUUGUUGCUGCAUUUGCAAUGAUCGUCGUGAUCAUGACUUGAGGAUUAAAUUAGUUCGUAUGGAGGGGUGAGCUGAUGAACAUUUAUCAAUUUGUUGGUGUUAUUUGUUUUCACAUUUUGAAUAAUUGUAAGAUAGUUGAGACAAUCAGGACUCAGGAGUAGUGUCUGAGGCUCCUGGAUUUUAUGUUAUUUCUUUUACUUUGUUUGUUGUGUUAUUGAAGA